UGCAUUUACUUUUCUGGGAAAAUUUACCCUGGGUGUGAUAUUCUCUCUCUUUCUCUUCUUUCUGUUCUCAGACCAGCAGUAUUCAUGGUCACCCUCGCAAUACUUCGAUGAGGACAGCUACUCCCCUCCACCCAGGAACAUGAAGGGUCUCUCUGGCGGCCGCCCUGCCCAGCUCCAGCUCACCUCUCCCACCUCAGCCCACACCUGCGGCCUGGCUGAAUGCGACCAUUCCCUGGACCACCACCUCCAUCAUGGCGACUCGCGGCCCCCCUCCUACCUCCUCAGCCCCACUGAGAGCUGCCCCCUUGAGGGUCACCACCGCUGUUCCCCGAGGAGCUCUAUCCACUCUGAGUGCAUGGUGAUGCCGGUGUCCAUGUCAGCCACCGACCACUCCAUUUCUAGUAGCACUUUCCCCCGCAUGCACUAUGGAAGCGCUUCACGGGACAGCGGUGGAAACACUUCUGGUGGCAGGGACUCCCGAGACGACGGUGGCUCAUCCUCUCAAGGUGGCAGCAGCAAAAUGAACCGAAUCCCAGCAAACCUCCUGGACCAAUUUGAAAAGCAGAUGCCGCUGCACCGGGAUGGCUUCCACACAUUGCAGUACCAACGCACCUCCACCACAACCACAACUACAGAGCAGCGCAACGAAAGCCCUGGGCGAAUACGCCACUUAGUUCACUCAGUACAGAAGCUUUUCACAAAGUCGCACUCUCUAGAAGGAUCCUCCAAGAUGAAUGGUACCAAAAGCGACUCACACCGGGACAGCUCACACCACCACCAUCACCACCACCAAGGCCAUCACAAACACAGCAAACGCAGCAAGAGCAAAGACCGUAAAUCUGAAGGCAGCGGCAAGCAACGCUCUGGAGGUUGGUGGAGCUCGGACGAUAACCUAGAUAGCGACAGCACGUACAGGACGCCAAGCAUCAUGUCACGGCAUCCCAUGGACCACAUCAGCCACUGCUACCCCGACUCCAUGCAUGGCCACCUGGCAGGAGAUCUGUCGCUAAAGACCUCCAAGAGUAACAAUGACGUCAAGUGCUCAGCCUGCGAGAGCAUAAGCAUGGCACCAGAGGGCAAGUUCAUGAAGAGAAGCUCCUGGUCAACGCUAACGGUCAGCCAAGCCAAGGAGGCCUACAGGAAGUCUUCACUCAACCUGGAGAAGCCUAUGACACCCACUGACCUCAAGCCCAACCUCAGGCCCUGUCACUAUCUACAGGUGCCCCAGGAUGAGUGGGGGGGUUACCCCGGUGGUGGUAAGGAUGACGAGAUCCCUUGUCGUCGGAUGCGAAGCAGCAGUUAUGUCAAAGCCAUGGGGGAUGAGGAGAGCGGAGAGUCAGACUCUAGCCCCAAGACAUCGCCUCAGAAGUCAGUGCGGCCAGAUGCCCUCGUCAAGGCCAUUAUCAGACCCAGGGACCUGUUGGACUCUCAGAGCUCUUACCGCCUGGAUAAAAUCAACAGUGACAUGCGUAACUACAUCACCAAUUUUGCUGCAGACUUAAGUCAGAGCUACCACUUGCAAGCCACCAGGGAUAUGCACCCAAGCAUUGCCCUGGAUCCCUCUGCCAACUACAACUCGCCCAAGUUUCGCUCCAGGAACCAGAGCUAUAUGCGGGCCGUCAGCACCCUCAGUCAGGCUAGCUGUGUUAGCCAAGUGAGCCAGGUGAGUGAAACAGAAAUAAAUGGCCAGUUUGAAUCGGUGUGCGAGUCGGUGUUCAGUGAAGUGGAAUCCCAGGCCAUGGAGGCUUUGGACCUCCCCGGCUGCUUUCGAACUCGGAGCCACAGCUACCUGCGAGCCAUCCAGGCUGGCUACUCCCAAGAUGAUGACUGCAUCCCCCCCAUGGCCUCCACCGUCACCUCCACCAUCAGAUCCACCACAGCCAUCACCUACACACCCAACUACAAGAAGACCCCUCCUCCGGUCCCACCUCGCACCACCUCCAAACCCCUCAUCUCCAUCACGGCCCAGAGCAGCACCGAGUCCACCCAGGACGCUUACCACGAGGGGAGGCACCCUCAUGGUGGGAUGUGGGCUCCUGACGGUCUCAGCCUGGGGCUGAGCCCAGGCAGGGCCCUCUAUAACUCCACCGACAGCCUGGACAGCGCCAAGGCUGUUACCAUAGCCAUGGAGGCGGCCGGAGUCAUGGCUGGGAAAAGGCACCCGUCCACAGACAGUCACAGCUCGGUGCUCACCUGUGACAAGGCCAUCCUGGUGUCGAAGGCUGAGGAGUACCUCAAGACACCUCGAUCGUCUAUAGGGAUACAGGUGGAAGCAGCCACAGACUCUGAAUCCGAAAGCAAAGGUUCUCGGGAAUACCACUCUGUUGGGAUCCAGGUAGAGGAUGACAAGAAAGGACAGGGCAGGUUUAAACGCUCCAACAGUGUGACUGCAGCUGUGCAGGCUGACAUGGAGUUGGAGGGCUUCCCCACCAUGGAGGACAAAGGCCUGCAGUUCGGUGGGGGGUUCCAGCGCCACUCAGAGCCCAGCACGCCCACACAGUACGGGGCUGUGCGAACUGUGCGGACCCAGGGACUUUUCAGCUACCGUGAGGAUUACCGUACCCCCGCUGAACCCCCGAGCCCCAGGGAGACGACCAGUGAGACCACCUGGCAGCUGGAACCACCCUCCCCACGGGAGAGCGCGGUUUCGUCGGGCGAGUCGGGCAGGGCGUCCCCCUCCCUGCGGAGGGAUGGGAGCUGGUUCAUGCAGCUGCUCCACACAGAGACCAAGAGGAUGGAGGGCUGGUGUAAAGAGAUGGAGGCAGAAGCUGAAGAGAAUGACCUGUCAGAGGACAUCCUCGGCAAGAUCCGAAGUGCAGUGGGAAGCGCUCAGCUGCUCAUGUCUCAGAAAUUCCAGCAAUUCUACUGGCUGUGUCAGCAAAACCUGGACCCCAGUGCCAUGCCACGGCCAACAUCUCAGGACCUGGCAGGGUUCUGGGAUCUACUACAGCUCUCCAUCGACGACGUCACCGUGAAGUUUGACCAGCUGCAGCAGAUCAAGAACAACAACUGGAGGCCCGUUGACAGCCCAGAGAAGAAGCCACCAGCUCCUGUACCAAAGAAGACAGUUCGACAGAAGAGUGCGGUGACUAGGGAGAAAUCCUUGGACCUCCCAGAUAGGCACCGACAGGAGGCUCGUCGGCGGCUCAUGGCAGCCAAGCGGGCGGCCUCCUUCCGGCAGAACUCAGCCUCGGAGCGAGCGGACAGCAUCGAGAUCUAUAUUCCUGAGGCUCAGACUAGACUUUGAGAAGACAGGGUCAGGGGCCAACACGUCUCCCUGCUCCCAUGUUUAAACAACUUUAAAACUAGCCUUUUUUCUAGACUGCUUCUCUCUGUACUCUUCCUUUAUCCAUCUGUUGUCUGAUCUUGAUAGCCAUCCUCAGUGCCCAUCACCAACACCAUUGGUCUGUAGGAUGUGCCAAGCCUCUUCUCCCAUUGCCAGAAUAAGUGUUAGCAGAUAUAUAUGUCUAACAUGGGUUGGUUGGGUUUCUCUUUGGUUUGCUGGUGAUCACGAUACCCAGCCUACAAGCUCUCUCAUCCAAUGUCCUGGAUGGGUAUGUCUGUAGUUUUUCAGCAUUUGCAAAGUGCCAUUUAAAAAGUGCAGCUUUGAAAACCUACCAGCAACCAGGCCUUUGAGCUAAAAAGAGUAAAUGAGAGAAAUUAUAUUUAUUUCAAGUUGUUAAAAAAUGGUCAAAGUUAGUAAACCUUCAGUAUUUUUAAAUAAUUUAAGGUUACAUUGUGACUCUUUUUUUCCUCUGUUCCUUUUGGAGUAAAUGUUAAUUACAAGCUAAAUAUCACAAAAUUGUUGUAAGUUCAAAACUCUGAAAAGUGCCAAUGCUUGAAAUACCUCAACUAUGUGCAUGUGGCACUGAUCACCCAUUCAAGGUUAUUCAGGCAGCCCUAAUAAGCUCUGGACUGGUCAGUGUUGAAAAAUGCAGCUUUCUACCCAAUCUGGUUGUAGUCAAACAUCUUUCAUGGUCUGGAUUGGUUUGAAGAAUCACAUCUGUCAGCUCAUUACCAUGCACAUUUCAAACAACUUUCCUAUAUAUCUCAUGUUCCUGUUGCCAACUUUCAAAUAUUGACAUUUACUUGAAGCGAAAAACAUGCAAGUCUUGUGCCAACAUUUUCACAAUGUCAAUGCAGUAGAAAAAAAAAACUAUGAUGGUUUGUGUAACUCCUUAGAUCAAGAUGUGUAGACAAAUGCACUUAUGCACUUAUUACAAUUCUCUCUAUUUCCAAGGGAAAUGUACAUACCCAAGUUCACAAUAGUACUGUUGUAUUUUUUAAUUGUGAGCGGGAAGAAUAUUCAUUCUGUGUAUUUUUUUCCCACAUAUCCACUGCUUGCCUGCCCUCUCUAUUGCUUUUGACAAAUCUGGAUUUGUUGCAUACAUACAGUGGCUUGUUCACACACACACACACACACACACACAAAGCCAAACUGCUGUGUCUUCAUCUAAUAUACUUCUCUCAGGCCCUUUCAAGUAGUGCCCCCAGCCACAGUUAAUGAGGAGUGAUAGAAAAAUCCUCCAAAACAUAAACAAAAUAUCUGCAUACUAGCUUCUUUAAUCAAAGAAAGAGCUUUGUAAUUUUCAUAUUUCUUGAAAGGUUCUGUGUUGCUGAAAGUCUCCAUGAGCACUAUCAUAACUGCACUGACUCCCUCUAGGAAACACUGAGAGGUAAUGAAAAGAAAUUGGGGCAAAGGCAUUCCAGAGGGAUACAAGAAGCAAGUCCCAAAUAACUAAAAGUUUUCAAGUCUCCCGUUGAGAGGAAUACAUGAGGAGCAGGAUAUUAGCUGUCUGCAGCUAUGUGUGAUGUUUUGUUCCAAACAUGAUGUAGUUAGCUAGAUAUUAUUAUUUGCCUUUGAUUACAUGGCAUGCUUAGAAGCAGUCGAGAGGCUCAUUGCACCAGCUCUUUGUAAAUUUAAACUUAGCCUUGGUGUAAAGGAAAUGUUUAAUGUUACUGAGUAGAGAUUUACAGAUAAAUAUUUUAUUGAAUUGCCCCACACAAACAAGUUCAGGAGUAGAGUAGUUGUUAAUGACCAAGAGUAACUGUAACUUAGCUAACAGAAUUAACUGACAAACCAACAUUAGCUUGCUAUAUAUGACCUGUUAAUUAUAUCAAGCUAAAUGACUAAAUUGUUAGGCUAGCCUAAUGUAUACUGCAGUAAUACUACUAAGUCUGAAAGACAUAUCCAUAUAUUAAUAUAUUUUGGUAAAUUUUAAUAUUUUGUUUGCCCUCCAGCUUAUUUUUAACUCUCUGUACAUAGUUGAUAGCUUUUGAAUAGACCAUGCUACAGAUGUUUCCUGGCAACUGAUUCUCGUAUUUCAUGCAAAAGCUUGAUUAGCUAAAAGAUUUUUUAAGUUUUUGUGGUGCAACUCAAAAUCACUAGUCUGAAACAUUCUAAAAACUUAGGAGAUACUUUACACACAGAUAUGUUAAUGGAUUUAUGAAUAACUGGUGCAACCCAUAUCCUGGUAUGUGGCAUGGAAGCUGAGAAGUUAUACGGCCUUAGAUAAGAUUUUUUAGUGGUCACAGAGUUUACUUCCAGGUGGUUAUAAGUAAAUUACUCAUAAAGGUAAGCUUAUCCUGAGCAAAAGCUAAAUUUCUGCUGAUGUUUAUUUGUUAUAUUCAAAUCACUGACCUAAAGACUGAAGUCUGUUGGUAAAAACUUUGGAUAAUCAAUCAACUAAAUGGUGCUGCUUUUUAUUUAAUCAAUACAGUACUACACAAACAAUCAAUGCAACACAAUGUGCUGUCAGCUGAUCGAUACAUCACUUAAAAAACUAUUUUUAUGUCUCAGAAUUUUUUUGGUUGAUUAAUUGUGCCAGCGUGCCUGGCUUCAUUAGGGGUAAGACCAGGGGAGCUUUAUCAUAAAGCGUUAACAACAAAUACAUUUCUAUUAAUCUGAAUAUUUUGUGUGUGUAUGUGUGUUUUGUUGAUAUGAGUGCGCGUGUCUUCUUUUCGUAGCGCAGUGUUGGCAUCUUCAGAAAAACACAGGGUGAAUCAGGGGUCAGCUUGCAUCUGACUCGGCUUGAUUUCCCUAUUACUACCCAACUGUGGCCUGACCUGCAUCUCACACACACACAUUCAUACACACAGAUACACAUAGUCCCUGUGUCAUCAGCGCUCUGUUGAAAUAUAUUUUAGAUACCAUAGCAUAUAAUUCACUUUUUUGUGCAUUUUUUAACUGUCUACAUCUUUCGUCAAUUCAAACACAGAGUCCCUGAAGACAUAAAACACCAAGUAUAGAUGUGUUUACUGCAAUUUGUUUCCAGUGUUCAAACCAUCCUUUCACUGUAUCAGAAUGCAUUAUUCAUGGUUUAGUUAUCAUAAAUUCUUGUAGCAGAACUCAGACAAUACAUUUCAGAGAGCUAAGAAGUUCACUCCAACAAAUCGCCAAAUAAGCAGAGUCAGCUGUGGAGUGAUAGUGUCUCAGAUAUGUCGUGCCAUACUCCAGUUACAGAUUGGGUUUUUAUCAGCCCACAGCUGAGUGCAAGAUUACACAUUUUCUUAAAAAACACACCCAUGUAUAAUUCUGCUGUUUUUUCAUUGCAGAGGCAGGGACCUUAAACAGUAUGACAGUGGGUUUCUGGAAAGUGUCUGGGUGUGUGAUGCCAGGCAGUUGGCAGAGCAGAGACGUUCCCCUGCUGUUGCCACAGUGGCAGGCAGACGGGGGGAGAGACAGACGCGGCCUGACAUAUGCUGGCUUAGAGGAGACGAGAGCUCCGCGCUGAGCCCCCAAACUGCUGGUGUUGUAUGCUGUUGUGUAGCUGGAAGGCUGUUCUGUGAGGAUCGCUGGGCGCUGUGCUGGGUAUUUUUCAGCCUGCCUUUGACUAAGCAAAGCAGCUUAUGUAAGAUUUCAGGUCCUUGGCGAGAUCAAGCAAACAGCCUCCAAGGCCCUUCAAAGCUCAUGUUGAUAAAUGUAUUGCUGAAUAGUGGCCUACACUGUAGAACGGAAGCAUCAGCACUAUACAAAUUUGCUUCUAUCAACCUCUGCCGGGCUAGUUUCACUGAAGGCUGUCAUUGAAACAACAGAGGUGUUUCUUUCAUAUGCAAAUUGAUCAAGGCUGUGAAAAAAAAGAACUAUAUCCACCACCUCGGUUCAGCUUAAAGAAUAUCUCUCGCUCCUUCAAGAGACAUUCGCAUAAUUGCAAUGAGGCCGUUUUUCCUCAUUAGACCAUGAACGAACCAUUUCAAAUAGCAAAGUGAGAUCAGUGCUUUAAGUCACAAGGGAGUGGAAAAAUGUUGAAAUGGAUUUGUGCAAUAAAGACACAGACUUAAGUAAAUCUACAGCUACAGAUAGAAGUAAGAACUGGGCUUACAGAAAUCACAUAUUUAGUUUCAGGAAAAAAUGAAACUAACUUUUUUCCUUUCUGGAAAAAAUAUUACCUUGGUACUCUUGAAACUCUCUCAGAACCAUUUCCUAAGCUCUGAACGAAAUCUAUCUGCUGUAAUGGUUAGGUCAAGUUUGUCCCAGUGAAAAUCAUUUUCCACUUAUCAGACGAUUCAGAGCUCUUUAUAUAUUUUUACCCCUUUUCACUCAUUUUUGUCCAUAUAGGUAUGAACACGGUCUUAGAUGGACAGCUAUAAUGGCUUCCUUGCGACAAAAUGCUCUCGUAUUUCCUCACUGAAGCUCAUUUUAGUGGGUGUAAAGUAUUGGAUUCCUUUGGUUGAUGUACGCUUGUGUGGUGUGCAUGUGAUGCCGUGAGCAAUGGAGGAUUCCUCACUUGGCAGAAAGUAGCUGUAGUGAUUUUUUUAAGUUAAAAAAUUAUGGUAAUUUAACAGCUAAUCACCCACCAAGACCUCCUGAAAACCCAGAGGGCAGAAAACCACAUCAGUGUCACAUUUAAUGUCAUGAGGGCAGCAAUUAACUACAAGUGCCAUCUUUUGUGAAUUAUCCAGCAUACUGUAAAAUCAUUGCUCAACACAGCCACACAUUCCCUCAUCAGUUUUGUGUGAGCAAACCAUUUCUGCCAUCUCCCUUUCCCCCUCAUUUCCAGUCACGUAUUUCUGUAAUUUCAGCCCGUGUCUUGACAUUCUGUGGCCUCUCGUCUGGUAUACGACUGUCUAUCCGCUUUUGACUCUAGAACCUAUGAUGUGAAAUAUUUCAAGGGGGACUUUUUUCGUAAUCAUGCCAUGGAAAGAGCAUCAGACUCACUGAGAUAUAGCCUGAUACAACACUUCCUUGAACUUGGAAUGUGAAACAACUCUAUAAUUACUAGAUAAAACGAAAAAGGUAGUUGUUUAGCCAAAACUAUUUUCAUCUCUUGUAUAUCAUAUCUAUAGUGAGGAUGAAUAUAAUUCCAAAUAUUCAUUAUUUGUAAAGAAAUAUAUAUAGAUAUAUAAAUAUAUAAUAUAUGCUUCAUUGAAACAUAACUAUUUUCUGCUCUUGCUCAUGUUCUGUUGUCAUUUUUACUUUGUUAUGGUUAUUUUAUAAGCUGAUAUGAUGGCAUGCGAAAUACUGAUUCUGAAUGUAGGCUUAUUUAUUAUUUCAAUUUUUUUGUCAAAAAUAAUGACACUGUCCCACUACACUAUGUACAUUUGUUAUGUGUUUAUUUAAGUCAGUCACAUAUGCAUUUCUCAUUGUGUGUUAUUUCAGUGCAAAUUACUGUAUCACUGGGUUAUUUUUUGUAUUAUUUAAUUUGUUUGCAACAACAUAUGCAUUUUCCUCCAUUCUUUCCUAGCUGAGCUAUUGAAAGAUUUUGCCUCUUUGAGUAGUUUGAUCAUUGCUGAGGUCAUCCGGUGUAAAUAAUUCUGCAAUUAAAUUUUUGGAGAAAAAGUU